AUGAGUGAUGAAAAGAACCUUGGAGUGUCCCAAAAAUUGGUCUCCCCUUCCAGGAGCACGAGCAGCUGCUCCUCCAAGCAGGGAAGCCGACAGGUGAAGUCAGAAGAAGUCUUUGAUGAGUGGGUGUCCAAACUCCGUCAUCAUAGAAUGUACCGUCAGAAUGAGAUCGCCAUGUUCCCACGAGAUGUCAAUCACUUUUUCCCUGGGUCCACUGUCCCAGACUCGACAUCAGGGGUGUUUGACUCCAUUUCCAGCAGGAAGCGUAGCAGUAUAUCAAAGCAGAACUCAUUUCAAACUGGAAGCAAUUUAUCAUUUUCUUGUGGUGAGACACGAAUUCCAUUCUGGCUCCAGACUUCAGAGGACAUGGAGAAAUGCUCAAAAGACUUGGCACACUGCCACACAUACCUGGUGGAAAUGAGCCAGCUCCUGCAGAGCAUGGAUGUCCUGCAUCGGACAUACUCAGCGCCAGCCAUCAACGCCAUCCAGGGUGGAGCUUUUGAAAGUCCCAAAAAGGAAAAGCGAUCGCAUAGAAGGUGGCGGUCCAGAGCUAUUGGCAAAGAUGCUAAAGGAACACUGCAGGUCCCUAAACCUUUUUCUGGUCCAGUCAGACUCCACUCCUCCAACCCUAAUUUAUCAACACUUGAUUUCGGAGAAGAGAAAAAUUAUUCUGAUGGUUCUGAAACCUCAUCAGAGUUUUCAAAAAUGCAAGAAGAUCUGUGUCACAUUGCUCAUAAAGUUUACUUCGCCUUAAGGUCAGCUUUUAAUAGCAUAUCAACGGAGAGAGAAAGACUGAAGCAGCUGAUGGAGCAGGACGCCUCCUCCUCCCCUUCUGCUCAGGUCAUUGGUCUGAAGCACACACUGUCAUCUGCACUAGCACAAAACACAGAUCUUAAAGAACGCUUACGCAGAAUCCAUGCUGAAUCUCUGCUCCUCGACCCGCCCGCUGUUCCCAAGUUGGGUGACAAUCUGGCAGAGGAAAACUCCAGAGAUGAAAACCGCGCCCUGGUUCACCAGCUUUCCAAUGAGAGCAGGCUCUCCAUCACUGACUCCCUUUCAGAGUUUUUUGAUGCGCAAGAAGUCUUAUUAUCUCCAAGCUCUUCAGAGAAUGAGAUUUCUGAUGAUGAUUCAUAUGUCAGUGAUAUAAGUGACAAUCUCUCCUUAGACAAUCUCAGUAAUGAUUUGGAUAAUGAAAGACAGACCUUAGGACCUAUUCUUGAGAGUGAGGAAGCAAGGUCCAAAAGAAGAACAUGUUUGCCUGCACCAGGCCCCAACACCAGCAACAUCAGCCUGUGGAACAUUCUGAGAAACAACAUAGGCAAGGACUUGUCCAAAGUGGCCAUGCCGGUGGAGCUGAACGAGCCCCUAAACACACUACAGAGGCUCUGCGAGGAGCUGGAGUACAGUGAGCUGCUGGACAAGGCUGCCCAGAUUCCCAGCCCCUUGGAAAGAAUGGUAUACGUAGCAGCCUUUGCCAUCUCUGCCUAUGCAUCUAGCUACUUCCGAGCUGGGAGCAAGCCGUUUAAUCCUGUCCUUGGAGAGACAUAUGAAUGUAUUCGAGAGGACAAGGGCUUCCAGUUUUUCUCAGAACAGGUCAGUCACCAUCCACCUAUCUCAGCCUGCCAUGCUGAGUCUGGAAAUUUCGUUUUCUGGCAAGAUAUGAGAUGGAAAAAUAAAUUCUGGGGCAAAUCCAUGGAAAUUGUCCCAAUUGGCACAACCCAUGUGACUCUACCAGCUUUCGGAGAUCAUUUUGAGUGGAACAAAGUGACCUCUUGCAUCCACAAUAUCUUAAGUGGUCAGAGGUGGAUUGAGCACUAUGGAGAGAUUGUCAUCAAGAACCUAAGUGACGACUCCUGCCACUGCAAAGUGAACUUCAUAAAGGCAAAAUACUGGAGCACUAAUGCCCACGAGAUUGAAGGCACAGUCUUCGACAGGAGUGGAAAGGCCGUGCACCGGCUGUUUGGGAAAUGGCAUGAAAGCAUCUACUGUGGAGGCUCCUCAUCCUCCAUAUGCGUCUGGAGAGCCAAUCCCAUGCCCAAAGGCUAUGAGCAAUAUUAUGGCUUCACACAGUUUGCUCUAGAGUUAAAUGAAAUGGAUCCAUCGUCAAAGUCUUUGUUACCACCGACAGACACUCGAUUUAGACCAGAUCAAAGGUUUCUAGAAGAAGGGAACAUAGAGGAAGCUGAAACACAGAAGCAGAGGAUUGAACAGCUCCAGAGAGAGAGGCGGCGGGUCCUAGAAGAAAACAACAUGGAGCACCAGCCUCGGUUUUUCAGGAAAUCUGAUGACGACUCUUGGGUAAGCAACGGCACCUAUUUGGAACUUAGAAAAGAUCUUGGUUUUUCCAAACUGGAUCAUCCUGUCUUGUGGUGAAAACGUUAAGAAGAAAGUUAUGUUAGUGUCUUCUGCAUUUGCUUCUGAAGCAGCUCAAACCUGUGUCUGUAUAUUUAAAAGAUAGUAUCUAGAAUGAUCACGUAUGCUUUAGCUUGGCAUAGUAAGUAUUUACCUAUGUAUUUUCUUCACUAGUUUUCUGUACAUUGUCAAAUGGUGUCAUGAUUCCAUGAUUGUUUAUAUGAAUGUAGAACACCUUGGUAUUUCUUUUUAUAUAUAAACUAUUUAAUAAAAAUUUAAGAUUGAAUAUUCA